CGAGCCGCGCAGAAGCGAUCGUUGUAGAAGCGCAAAAGAGGAAGAACCGCGUGGCGGGCAAGGAUCGCACGUUGCCGAGGCGGGUUGGAAAGGACACACACAGCGACAGGAUGAAAGACGAGGUUGAAAUCGGGACUCGGUUCAUCUCCCGCUUGGUGAACCGUCAUGAGAAGCUGGAGAAGAACCAAGUGGAGCGCUUCGGCGAGAACCUGACCAAGAUCCUGUGCGAGCGGUUUAACGAGCAUUGGUAUCCAGAUAACCCCGUGAAAGGACAAGCGUACAGAUGCAUCCGGAUCAAUAGAAAGCAGCAGGUUGAUGAUUCUCUCCUAAAGGCCUGCACGGCCUGUGGUCUGGAUUAUUCGGAAUUGGCACUGCCCAGGGAGAUUUCCAUCUGGAUUGAUCCUGGCGAAGUUUGCUGCAGGCUUGGUGAGAACAACCAGUACUUCACGGUGAAGGAUGAAGAGAACAAGAGUGGGAAAUCGACCCCAGAGCCAGUGACAUCAGAUUAUCACUCAGAAUCCCCCUCUGAGACUUCAGAAGAUGAGAGCCUGGCCAAGUUUUCUAAGACAAGAUAUCCGGGCAGAAGUCGCCUGGUUGGGAAACACAGUCCCACACUGCCUACCCAGUAUUUCUACGUUCCAGCUCCUCUCUGGGUUCCGUGCCCUCAAAGUGUGGUCAGCUACAUCCCAGCCUACCAGCCUGUGUUCUACUACGUUGACGUCACCUCAAAAUCCCCUGUGCCCAGAAAACCCAACUUGAAUCUCGUGAGACGCCUUACCAAACGGGCCGCCAAACCCUGAAGAAGUGGGGUUGGGGGGGGGCUGAGUGAAAACCUUGGUCCCUCACAACAUCUCAAGUUCUGCCUAGAGUUUGUCCUUAUUUACACUGACAUUGGGACCUUGGGGGGGGGGAAGUAAACAACUUUUCUUUUUUAUAUUCUUCUUUCAGGUGGUUGCUAACUCUUGGCAAUUCUCCCCCCACCCCCCACCCCCCCUGCAACCCGGUGGGGGAACUACCAAGAGUUACCCUCUUCACCUUGCCCCCCCAGACCGAAAGAUAGGGGGGUGGCACUGCCUUGUUUCUAUGGUGCCAAACAAGUGUAGCAUUAGCAUUGUAUAUUAUUUAGCACUUCAGCAUAGUAGGGAUAAAACUGGAGACCUGUGUUUCUCCUACGUUGCACUUGGCAGGGGAGUGGGAUCAAAGAGUUAGAGCAAGACACGGAGGGGAAAAGAAGAUGGGGAAAGGUUCGGAUGUGGAAACUGAAAGAACAAGAGGGGAAGGAAAAACCAGGUCGACAGGCUUCUGUGCGUAGUCAACUUUGCUUAAGGUAUUUACUGCUUCUGCAAAACCUGUCACAAUUCAUCGUGACUGAAUUACGUGGGUGUAUCCUGUGAUUUUUUUUUU